CAUUUGUGAGUGUACAAGAGGAGUUUGGGAACCUCCGACUCUUGGUAUGCAACAGCUGUGUGGGCUUACGCUUGGUAAAGCAUGCACAGGGACUCGAAGUUUCUGAACGAGGAGUGAACAGCUGUGACCGUGGGGGUCUGAGCAACAUGGUUUAGUGUUGUUGCGUGCUCUAAGGCACCUCAUUCAAAUCACUAGGUUAGUUUCAGGUGUGUUAGAGCAGAGAAGUGGUACAGUUUAUGGUUCGGUUUUCAGUCGCUGAACGUUCCAGAGCUGGAGUACGUGCUCUGAUACUCGUGUUUAGUUGCAUCUUUCAGUUUGUAUACGUAUAUGUACAUGUAUCAGCAUUGAAUUAUAUUCUGCCUAGUUCGCUUUGAAGUUAUUUAUUUAUUUAUUUGCUUAUUUAUUUAAAAAUCUUCAAAAUGAAUGAAUCUGAACGCGAUCUGAAAGACGAGAUAAAAAUCAUCAUCUUUUAAUUACGAUUGCGUUUCUACGCGGGUGUUUAUUCUGACAGUGCCAAACUGUUACUCAACAAUAUGUGCCACAAGCAACAUGUCAGGAUUAUAUUGUGCAUGCCAUAUUAGAGAGAUUUAAAAAAAAAAAAAAAAAAAAAAUGAAAAGGAAGAGUACUGUCUUGCUCGCAGACAGCAAGUUCAAACAGGCAUCGUGUCAUUCAUGUUACUACAAGCGCUGUGGUUGUCUUUCAUGUGUUGGACACUAACUUCUCCUCGAGCUCAGGCGUUUUCCUGGCACUCCUCUCGGUUAUUGUUUGGACUUUUUCAAAAAUAACUUGUCAUAAUGAGGAAAUUAACCACCGUGGAACCUUUCGGAGGGAAGGAGGCAGAGGGAGCAAUGUGAUAUUUGCAUCUGUGGCGUCUGGGGCACGAUGUUAGUUAGCUGGUUGAACUAAUGUGCUGCAACUUGUUAGACGACCUGAGGCAUUUAUUAUUUUGUCGUGCGUAUGGAAAGCACUCGAUAUCGGAGGCGACUCAGCCGAGGCUGAGUUCCAAACUGUAUUGUAGUUACGUUGUAGUGUACGAGACUGCUGUAGGCAGUGUACUAUUUUGACAUACUAAUAAUACAAUAAUAUCCAUUCUUGGACAAAGAAUAAGACUUCAGAAAGCACUUCUAUAGCGAUGUAGAGAAAUGACUCCUCAACCAAACAACAGAAUGUGUGAGCCCAGUCCUCCUGCGAUACAACCCCAUGCUAGUGGUAACGUGACCAUGGUGGGCAUCGGAAUCAAGUUGGAGGAAGCACCUGGAGAAGGAGGCGGAGUCAGGGAGUCUUCGCCUUCAUGCCAACGGUCAUUACGGCUGAUAGCUGAACGAGGUGAUCCUGAGAAGUUGAGCAUUCGCAGCACACAGUCCCCUUUGGCAAGUUCACCAAGCAAAGAGCAAGCACACACACUUAGUCCCAGCAGUCAUGAUGUGCUGAACAGGACCAGCAGCAGGCCCGAAGCCCAGCCGAAUGUCAGCGAAGUGCUGCCGACAAUUGAGAAAAUCCUGAACGCAGACUGGAGAGAGAAGAUCUUGGGAAAGGGAUUCCAAGGCACUGCCAACGUAAAAGGCACUCCAGAAAGCCUGGCUGAGAAGGAGCUUCAGCUGUUGCUGAUGAUUAACCAGUUGUCUGGGCUGAGGGAGCAGUUGCUGGGAGCACACUCGGAGCAGAGGAACAUGGCCGCCCUGCUCCUGGAGAAACAGCAGCAGCAGAUGGAGCUGGCCCGACAGCAGCAGGAACAGAUUGCUAAACAGCAGCAGCAGCUGAUCCAACAGCAGCACAAGAUCAACCUCCUGCAGCAGCAGAUCCAGGUGAAGCCUCACCAAUCCACCGUGAAUCUGCCCUACGUGAUGAUCCCUGCUUUCCACCCGAAUACACAGCCACUGUCCGUGUCCUCCGAUACGCAGAUGGGGCUCCCGCUUCAGCCCAUUCCCUGCAAGCCAGUGGAAUAUCCCAUGCAGCUUCUCCCAAACCAUCACUCCACCCCUAUCGAAAGAUCCGGUGGUACAGUCUUUCGACAGGAAAGCAGUCAGCCAUUGAACCUCACAUCCAAACCCAAGAGCCCCCAGAGUCUGGAUCUUCCCUCUUCCCACCUUCAGUCCACCUACAGGGCUAGAGAUCUACAGCACAGCUCCCCUCGACCUGCUCUUAGCCUGGGCUUUUUGGGAGAGGGGGAUAUUGUGAGCCAAACCAUCCACGAAGCCCAGCAGCUGUUGCGAGGAGGCCAAGGUCCAGCGAGCCGAGAGAGGGACAGCAGCACAAGGCUGAGCGAUUAUAAGGAAGCGUCCCGAGCUGACCGCAUACUCCGUGCCGACCGUGCGGAGGACGGACAGUCCGUACGGACGAACGACGAGCAUCUCAGCAGCGACUCCGAAGGACAGAUGAUCUCUGGAGUCGGGGGUUACAGCGACAGCCGGAGCACCUCUUCCGGUCACAUCAAGAGACCCAUGAACGCCUUCAUGGUGUGGGCUAAGGACGAACGCCGGCGCAUCCUACAAGCCUUUCCUGAUAUGCAUAACUCAAGCAUCAGCAAGAUCCUGGGCUCACGCUGGAAGUCCAUGUCGAACCAGGAGAAGCAGCCGUACUAUGAGGAGCAGGCCAGGCUGAGCAGGCAGCACCUGGAGCGCUACCCCGACUACAAGUACAAACCCCGGCCGAAGCGCACAUGCAUUGUGGAAGGCAGGCGGCUGCGUGUGGGCGAGUACAAAGCCAUGAUGAAGAGCCGCAGGCAGGAGCAGCGCAGCUCAUACCCACCCAGUCAAUCAGAUCAGCAGCUGCACUACUCCACGGCCGAUGCUCCGUACUCCACCAAACCCAUGUCCAUGACCCUGCCUCUGCACCCUUCCCUUCUGGAGCACUACCUCCCUCGUUCCCUCGAGCCACCCCAAGCCCCACGUGGCCCAGAGGAGCCGGACGGGCCACGUUCCAAACCACCGUACAGCGAGGGAGAAGAGAGUGACGCGGGAGAGCGCAGCGAGGGCGAGCUAGUUGUCCUCACCGACUGACAGACGGGUGGGACGAGAGUGCAGGGUGCUGUGAGGUGAAAUGUUCGGGUUUCUGGGUUGACGUGCUUUCACGUGUCGAGGGCUCACAGUUCACCCUGAAGUGAAUCUUUGCUUUUCCUAGACGACUUUAUGCCAGUCGUGAUGACAAUGUUAAGGGACGGCUUAUUAAAAAAUGCUAGUUAUUUAAAAUAAACAAUAACAGAUGUGUUUGACAGUCCUUCAGUGCUGCUGUCGGUCAAAGUACUGCACUUUUUUUUUCCUUCAGAGAAAAGGACUUUAAAAUGCAGAUGAUGUCACAGGAAGAACUGCGCGUAUGAGCAGCAGAUAAACUCUGGGAAAUCAGGCUUAACAGUUGUAGUUUAGGUUAAAUUAAAUAGCGCUACCAGACUAACAGAGCUAACAUUAAUGGAAACAUACGCAAAAAUGAAAAUCAUUUUUUGGCCAAAUGAUUCCUUUAAUUCAUGCUGAAAUCAAUCAAUAGGUUUACAUUAUUUGUGAACUAAUCAAUUUAAACCUGCAUAAUUGACCUCAAACGUAAAUUUGUUCCAGGUUUGCACUGGAGCUACAAGGAUAAAAUCUUGGAGACCAAACAUGGCGCUCUUAUAAGCAGUCCCUCCAGGAUUUCGGCGUUUUGCUCUUGCAGAAACAAACGCAAAAUCAAGCAAACUCUGCAAUAUUUGGAGGAGCUCGCGAUUUUUCGAAUUCACCGCAGAUUUUCGCCAAGAUGCAUCAUAUGAUGCGUAUUGUGAGGACAAUCAUGUGCGUCGAACAUGAGUACAGCUAAAAGGUCUCAUUUACCAACAAACAUCACUGCAAUAGUGAAUUUCAUGCAGUUGUGAUUUUGCCAAUUCAAGUAGUUUUCCAUAUACAGACAAAAAAAAAGCACAAAAAAUACUGCAAGUUGUGUCGCAAAAUUUGGGUGGGGGGUAGGGGGGGAGCAGAAAAAGCAAGCAUUGUUGCCAACAACAAUCAGAAAAAUAAAAACUCGAAGGCGAAAUCCUGUAUGGACUGAUUAACUUUCCUUUUUGGCCCAUCAAUUUCUGUAUUGAAUGAGGAGCAGUGUGUUGGGGUGUCAAACUCACGGCCCGUGAUCCGAGCAAUACCAAUAUUAAGCAUCUCAAACAUGCAUGUAAUGCCACUAAAAUACCGAUACAAUUAAGGCUACUGACAAGUACAUCUUACAAGCUGCCAAAACACACAUCAAACUGGUAGAACAGAACCAGUUUCUGAAUAUAUGCCUACUAAUACUUAUAUCAGACAAGUUCUUUUAAUAACGCAAAUAACGCAACAGUAAGACAUUUAGAAAAUUGCCUUCCCUGGAUCACUUAUUGAUCAGUUUCAUUAAUCACUUAAUAAGGAAGAUGAAAAAACUAUAGAGCUGGCAAAGAGAUGGUGUACUAGGUUGUUUUUUUUUGUCGUUGUUUUUUUUUUAGCUCCUCACACCAAGCUGGAUUUUUUUUUUCUAUGAGUGAACGCUGAAAAGAUGUACUCUUUUUUUAAAAUUUAUUAUUAAUCUACAUUUUAAAUG